AUGCAUCAAUUUUUCGCGCUUUGCUUUCAGGGAGAAAUGGAGGAACUCAAAGAACUAAGUCACAAGUGUUUGGUUGUUGUUGACUUUUUUGCAACCUGGUGCGGGCCCUGCAAGUCGGUCAAGGCUGCUUACGAGAAACUUGCUGAGGAGGAGACUGCAGUGAAGUUUGCAAAGCUUGACAUCGAUAUUUACGAAGACGCUCCGGCAGAUUAUUCACUCGUCGCGAUGCCAACCUUCAUGGCAUUUAAGAAUGGCGAAAUGGUUGACUCUGUUAUUGGGCCUCAUAUUGAGGAAGUAAAGAAAAUGGUGGCCAGGUUAAAGUGA